AUGUGUGAGCUUUUAUUACGCAGUGUGUUGUAAAAUUAGAGCUGGCAACAUUUGAAUUCUAGGGUUCUAUCUUCGAGGUAUGAUGCUUUAAUUGUUCACGAUCAAGAGUUUCUUUUGUACCCUUUUUGAAUAAUUUUUGAAUAAUUGAGAAAUUGCUGGUCUUUAUUUCAUUUUUUUUGGUUGAUUACUCUAAUGUGUGAUGAUGAUUCAUCUGGGCGAUGAGUUUAAUGCCGCACUUGAGUUUAUUUCUUAUCUUCAAUCUUGUUGUAGAUUAGGUAGUGUUUUGAUUUACCAGUCGUUGCGAUUGUUUUGUUUGAAUGUAUUCGAGGAACUAUCAUUUUGCAUUUGAGGAAUUUUAUAGCGAAUGUGUUUGUUGAACCUAAGGUGAUGUAGCUUUCAUGUUUUUAUUUUCUUUACUGGAAAAAUUACCAUUUGAUAAAUUUUAGCAUGCUCAUUGUGUGAUUCAUGUUUCUUUUCUAUUUUUGGCCUCUUUUUUUGAGUGAAAAUCUUGUUUUAGUUAUCAAUCUUUUUCUUAUUGCAUUUUGAUUUGGAGAUAAAGAUGCCGCGUUAUGAAGAUAGCUAUGGUACUCGCCUCUAUGUUGGUCACUUGUCUUCAAGGACCCGUUCGAGGGAUUUGGAGCACAUUUUCAGUAGAUAUGGAAGAGUACGCGAUGUGGAUAUGAAGAGGGACUAUGCCUUUGUGGUUCCACGUGGAUCACGAGGAGGGGCCCGAGACUACGGAGGCAGAGGCCCAGCCCCUGGAUCAGGCUGUUGUUUCAAUUGUGGCAUUGAGGGCCACUGGGCCCGGGAUUGCAAAUCCGGCGACUGGAAAAACAAGUGUUAUCGGUGUGGAGAAAGAGGUCAUGUGGAAAGGGAUUGCCGGGACAGUCCCAAGAAGCUGAGGUAGAUGUUUUUUCUCUAAUUUUUUUUUUCAAUCCGGGAUAUAUUAGCUUCUUUUAAUCUCUGACAAUAGUGAAUACAACAGUUUAUGCCUUUUUUUUCCCGUUUUCUUGAUUUGCAAAAAGUACUGCAAAAGCUUACCUUGUGACGUGGCUCUCGAAUUCUUUGUUCAAUUGCAC